AUGCGCACGCGCGCAGAGCGCGAGGGCAAGGAGAGCAGGGCCGAAGGCGACAGACGCAGAGGGGCGCGGGACGGUUCGCAGCGAGACCGCGAGAGAGUCAGCGGCGAAGAGGAGGAAAAUGACGCGCUGCCAGAGAGCGCGAGCGGCCGGAAACACGCGCACGAAGACGGCAGCGAUGCAGGAGCCGAGGAGGAAGGACAGGCGGGACGGCGACCUGGCGCGCGCGCCACGAGGAAGCCGCGCGUCGCAGUCCGUCUCGACUUGCGUGCGGUCGGCGACAGUGAGGCGCGCGAGCGAGACGACCUGAGCGAGCUCGUCGGCGCUCCAGGGGGCGCGAGGACGCAUUCGCCCGCCAGCAACCUGCCCGCGUGCGGCAGCAGAAGUGAGGGUUCCUCUUGUCUCUUCUUCUCGCCUACUUCUUCGCUGUCGCCGCCGAACGGGCAACCCGUGCGAAGUGCUUCGGGGUCUGCGGCAUCUGCAGAGCCCCCGCGGGGGCAAGCUGCCUCGCCGAGAGGCACGCGGCAGUCUCUGCUCGCCGCCUCCCCGCCCACUGCGUCGCCCUGCUCGGAAGACGCAAGGUCGCCUGUGCCGCCGUUACCUUCGUUGGCGGCGUGCGCGGCCUCUGAGCGAGACCGACUCAGUCCGCUCUCGCAGGAGUCGCCGCCGUCCCGCGCGCUGGCACCUACGACUCCAGGAGCUUCUUCGAAGGCGUGGUUCGAGCCGCCAAAGCGUCAGGGGGGGAGAGGAAGGGGCGAUGAAGCUGAACGCGCGGCGUCUCCCUGCGACGAGAAGGCGCCUGCUCUGCCGGCGGAGACGCCCGCCGCGCCCUCCGCCUUCUCCUCGCCUCCGUCGCUCUCUGCUGCGGCCGUCAACGGCAGCAGAGGGCCCUCGUCGCGGGCGGCAGCGCACGGUAGGCAAAACUGGGCGAGGGCGCGCCCGCGAGAGAACGGCCGGUUUGUGAAGCGCCAGGGCGCGGAGGACGCGUCGCCGUCGCUGGCGUGCUCCUCCUCGCCGUCGUCUCCGCUCUCUGCGUCCUCGCCUCCCCCGGUCUCUUCGUCUUCCUGCUCGCCCCCCGUUUUUGGCUCGUUGCCCUCUGCGUCGUCGGCAGCUGCGCGCGGCCUGCGCGCGCGGAUGCGAACUACCGGCUCCCGAGGUGGCGACGGUGCGCGCAGAAGACGCACCUUGCUUUCGCGCGCCCACGCCGCUGCACCCGACGAGGAAGACAGCGGCGCAGAGGACCGAGAAGAAGUCGAGGAAAGCGAGAGAAACCGACGUGCCGAGGGCAACCCCCCGCGAGCGCCCUCGCGCGCCGGCGUUGUCACGCGCUCGUCUUCGAUCGCCGCAUCCUCCGCCGCCGCGCCUGCGGGCAAUGCGCCGUCCUCUCCCAUGGUGCUCGCCUCGACCCCCGCGCCGGCCGCGACAGCUGGCGCGUCUCUGUCUUCGAUGCGGAGAGGCGAACGAGAGACACUCGAGCUGUCCUCCUCCGGCUCCUCGCGCGCGUCUCGUUCAGCCCUCGCCAGGUCGUCGUCGCCAGUCCCUCCCCCCGCCCGUGUCUCUUCGCUCCACAGCGACGCUCCAGAAGACGAGGCGCGAGCCCCUCACACGAGGCGCGGAAAGCACCGUGGCGACGGAGAGGACACGGAGAAACCGCCACGCGGCGACGCCGAAGACGCCAGAGGCGAAACGCCGACCCAGGGCGCCACGCGCCCCGUCCUCUCGUUCUCGCCCUCGUCGCCCGCGCGCAAGAAACAACCGGAAGCCGACAAUGCCCGUCUCUUCGGCGCCAGAUGGCGCAUUAACGUGCAGACGGGUUUGAAGGAAUUAGAUCCCGAGCUGCUCGGCGUGGACUUCCACUGCAACGUUUGCGGCCGCGACGUGAGCGUUGGGCAGUGGCGCGUGCGGUGCGCAGAGUGCGACGACUUCGAUUUGUGUCUCUUCUGCUUUGCGCGCGGCCGCGAAACCGGGACGCAUCUGAACACACACGCCUACCGGCCUGUCCCGCCGAACCGGGAAGAAAUCUUCGCUCCAAACUGGACGGCAGACGAAGAGCAGAUGCUGCUGGAAGGCGUCAGCCGCUUCGGCCUCGGCAACUGGAAUGAAGUCGCGAACUUGGUUAAUCGGGUGGCGCUUCGCACCAAGACGAAGCAGCAGUGCGAGCAGCACUACAUGAGCGUCUACAUCGACUCGGGGGGCGUCCCAGACUCUCGGGGCGAGCCGCGCUCGUCAGCGGCCUCUCCGGAAGCCGGUGGCACAGCAGCCGAGAGCGCGCCUUCCAGCCUUGUUUUCUCUCCCGCCCUCAGACGGAGCGACGCCUCCGCACGCAGCGACGGCGAGACGCUCGCCCCGCGUCUCGAGGGAGCUGUGGCGAAGGCCGGCUGCGGCGGCAAAGAUACCGAAAAGGGGCCCCAGACGAACAGCACGGGCGGCGAGGGUGUCACCGCGACUCCCGCCGCGACUCGCGCCGCCUUGGGCUCCACGCAAGGGGACACGAGGGGCGGCGGGGCGCUCGCGGGCCUGGGUGCCCUGACACGGCGCGCAGGCGGACCUGGUGGCGAGGGCGUGACAGUCACCUCCGAGCGAAGAGGAGCGGCCGCGAAGGAAAGCGACAGCACGCGCGCGACGGAUGAAAUCGAAUCCGAAGAAGAGCUGACCCUGCAGGAACUUCAGGAGGAAAGCACCUCUUGGCAUCCGCCGUGGAUCGCAAAGCCCGUGCCUCCUCAGCCGCACCACAACAACAUCCAGGGGUACCUGCCGCUACGAGGCGACUUCGACGUCGAGCACGACAACAACGCCGAGGCGCUCUUAGCCGACAUGGCGAUCGAGCCUCAGGAGCCGCCGGCCGACAAGGCGCUCAAGCUCAGCGUCGUGGAGGCGUAUAACUGCCGCCUCGACGAGCGCAUCUACCGGAAGCGAACGGUGCUGUGGAGGCACUGGGACGACCCAAAAGUCGCAAACAAAGAGAGGAGUCUGUCUCUGCUUGAGCGCGUCUACUGGCAGCAGCUGAGGCCUGUGCAGCGCUUCCACAACGAUUCCGAACACACUGCCCUCGUCCGCUCGCUGGCGACGUACGCCGAGGCGAUGGAGCGCUGCCGCCUCCUCAAAGAGUGGCGCAGUCUCGACUUGCGCACGCUCCAACACGUGAUGGCGUACGAGGCCGAGAAGCAGCGGCGAAGCGCCUCGCAGGCCUCAGGCGCCUGGGCGGCCCUGUUCCCCGCCGCGUCGGCCGCAACUGGCGGCAGCUCAGCUUCGCUCGCCUCUCCGUCGCUCGGCGCGGGGGGCGACGGCGAGCGCGCGGGCCUUCUGCGGCAGUCGCCGAGGAGGCGCGAGACCGGCGACGCGCGCGCGAUGCCCUCGGGCGCGAGGGAGGCGGCGUUGCGCGCCAACGGAAGUCCGUCUCCUCCGCCUUCCGACGACUUGCAGAGUGUCUCGGCGUCGCCAGAGGGCCCGCGUCCCCGAGACAGGAAGACACGGCUGGCGCUCGGCGCCUCGCCCUCGCCGUCGACCUCCGAGGAGGGUAGCGAAGAGGCGACGGGGGACAAAGACGGAAGCGAGCACAGCGUCGCAGACAGGGCGGAGAACGCCGGAGAGGCAACGAGCCGCGUCCGUAGUCAUAAAAAGAGAGAUCGGAACGAGACGGACGGAGACGCGGACGCUCACAAGGCGUGCAGCGAACCGCCCGAAGUCGAGCUUUGCAACGCCCUGCGGCUGCCGCCGCUGCUCUUCGACCUCGUGCUGCGAGCGCUCGCGGCGCAGGCGCAGGUGCUCCCUGCCGUGCACCGAGGCGUGCUGAGAAAAAAACGGAAAAAAGUCGGCACCGUUGGAAGCUUGUGGGACUUCGACGUGCGGCUGGACGUUGAGCAGAAGAGCGGCGUGUCCAGCGGCGUGGAAGGUCCUGUGGGCGGCUCCCUCGCGCCGUCACGUGUCGGCGCCGGCGCAGGGGAGCGUACGGCCUCGCCCUUCGCGCCUGCGUUCGCGUCCGCGACACCGGGAGCUGCGGCGGGCGGCCCCCCGCGGGCUGCAGGCGUCUUUGCCGCGUCGGACAGAGAGCCGAGCGAGGCCGCAGGCGCGUCGUCGCAGCGAGUUGCGGCGGGGGACGCUGAGCGCGCCGCCUCGGUCGCUGCUCAGACGCUCACGGGGCCCGCGUCGCGCGAGUUCGCAGGGGACACGGCUUUGGCAGAGUCCGGCUCGCUGCCGCUGCAACAAGCGGGCGCGGUGCGGCGGCACGAGUCCUGCAGCUCGCCGCCUUCCUCUGCGUCGCGAGCUCCACUGCCGGGUCCACGGAGUGCAGCGGCUUUCAACGCAGCGGCCGCCGCGUCUCGUCGCGGAUCUCCGGCGCUGUGGCAGGGCGCUUCCGCAGCGGCCAGAAACGCGCCCGCAGUUCCGGAGCCCUGUUCGCAAGCCCACCCCUGUGCGUUUUUCGCAGCCGGGGCGUCUGCGCCAGGCGUGGGAGCGCUGAACGCGUUUGGGGCGGCUCAAGUGCCUUCGCAGCUGGAGUUCCAGAGGCAUCUGCUGCAGCGACAGGGGGCGGCAGCGGCCGGCGGGAGCGCGUAUCCGCAGGACAGGACUUCGCAGGUCUUCUCGCUCUCGCCACAGGGAUAUCCGUCGCGCCCUCCGUCGUCGCUGGUCACGUCGUCCGCCCCAGACGCGCUCUUCCCCCUGGCGUCCCCUGCGGCGCCUCCGACUCCGUCGCCCUUCGCUUUCGCACGUGCGCCAACUGGAAGGACCCCGUUCGCCGGGGCGGCCGCUGGGGAGGCUCAAAUGCCCCUCUCGCAGACGUAUCUGCAGUUCUCGCGGCGAGGCAUGGCGCCCCAGCAAGCCGCCUUCUCACCCUGGACCUCGGGCGGCAACGAGCGGCUGCCCCCCCCUGGUGUCUCUCCGCACCAUCUGCACUCGUCGCCCUACCUCGCUCAGGGCGGCGCAGCGCUGGACGUGGCGUCGUCGCUGUCGGCCUACGGCGCCGCCACGCUGGGGCCUGCGGGAGGCUCAGUCGCCCGCAUGGGCUUCUACGGCACCACCAGAGGACCUCCCCCUCACAUGGCUGGCGCCGCCGCCUACGAGCGGUACGGCUCCAGGGGCUACGGCCCGUACGCGGGCGCGGGGGCCUUCGGGCCUCCGACCGCUUCUCCGGCGGCCGCGGGCUCCGCGGCGCUGCAGCGGCUGCAACACUACCAGCAGCAGCAGAAUCUUGUGGCACAAGGGGAGCGUGCAGGUUUGGGGACUUCCGCAGGUUCCUACAACAUGUUGUCUCACGCAGGCGCGGCGGUCCUGAGCGGCUCGUUCCCGAGUGCGGGGGCGCUCAGGGCCCCAGGAGUGGAGGGCGGCGGACUUGGCUUUCCGGGCUCCUCUUCUUCGCUUCCGCCGCAUGCAGGAGGCGAAGGAGGCCCGUACGCCCAGGCGCCUUCGCCUUUUUUCACGGGGUAUGGACACCCGUCUUCUCUCUCUUCUUCGUCGCUUGGGGGCUACGGAUCUGCGGCAGGCCCCGGCGUGCCUGCUCGGCACUCCGCAUUCAGCGGUUUGCCGCUCGCCGCGCACCAGAGUGGCCUGCCACACGCUGCUUCGUCCUGGCUCUCCGGGGGAGGGGCGCACGCUUUGUCGUCUCAAAGCGGCGCCGCGUACCCGCGCGGAAGAGAUGCGGCUGCAGCGGACGCGGAGAGUUUGAUCGACGGCCGGGGCCUGGUCGCAGCGAGCAAGCGACAGGAGACGGCCGUUCCCGCGGCAGCGCGGCUCUUCCAGCGCGAGAGCCACAUGGGGAGCUGCUGCCCGAGCACCUGGGCGUCCGGAGCGGCGGACAUCAUCCAGCCCUCGAAUGGCGGCGACAGGGACGCUGCGUACACAGAGAGACUGCGAGAGAGCGAGGCGCAGACCUGGAGCGCAGGCGAUGAAGACGGCGCCGGGGGCGGCGAGGUGGGGGCGGCGCCUCUGCCGGGGAACGGAGGAGGCCCAGAGACUGACGCAGAAUGCGACGUCAGCGGAGAGGAAGGGCGACGCGGGAAGAAGCCCGAAGGCGUCGCGCGCGAGGGCGCCCCGGCGACAGGCGAGUCCGAGAGCUCGCGAGCAUCUGCAUGCGCUGCGGCUCGCUCCUCACUCCCUUCCUCUUCUGCACCCACCUGCGAACCCGGCGGGGCGGCGACGGGUGCAGAGGACGGCGCGAGGAGGAGGUCAGGCGAGGCGCGCGAGCCACCUCGGGAGUACGCGCAGACGCUGGAACGCGAAAGCUGGAAAGAGUUUGUGCUCCACCGUCUCCUGCCUCGCGUCCGCGGCAUCCACUACGACUCCGCCGCCCAUCAGUGGGUCGCACACUGGCCUGCGCCGGCCUCGACUGUGCCCGGCUCGGGCCCCGCCGGCGCGUCAGGGGGUGUCUCGGGCGUGCCCGAGAGAGUUGUCUCCUCCGGGCCUGGGCGGCAGGAGACAAGGGACGGCAACACGCUGUCGCUCGCCUUUUCAGUGAAGCGCCUGGGGUUCGAAGGCGCAUGGUUCAAAGCCUGCGAGGCGCGGCGGAAGGAGGCUGAACGCAUGCAGGACUUGGCUCUGGUUGCCGAAAUUCGCACCGCGGAAACAUCGGCGCCUUCCAUCUUCGCCGCGCUCCAGGACGAGCUGCCCUCGCUGCCAUUCUCCUCGAGCGACCUCGCCAGCGUCUUCGCGGGCGUCCCCUCUGGGGGACUGAAUGGAGGCGCAGCGCGGCACUCCAGCGAGCCCUGCGGCCUGCCGACACCCUUCGGCCUGCAGAAGAGGGGCGACGGGCGUGGCUGCGAAGAGAAACGGGAGCCGCACAGCCACUCCCGUCUGGCUGCGGACGACGCAGGGAACGACGGCGACCUUGUCGAGCCCCGGACCAUUCGUGGCUUGCGCGCAGGUGCGACUGUGCUCAUGCAGGACGGCGAGGCUCUCACGCGAACGAAGGGAGACUCCUCCGUUUCCUUGAAGCAGAGCGACCAGCCCUCGCGCGCAGCUGAGGAGACGCUGCGAACACGCCCAGACGGGCUGCUGCCGCUGCGAGCAGCGUGGCCUGGCCACGGGGGACUGUCCCACGGGGCCUCCGACCUCAGGGCACACGGCAAGGGACUGCUGGAGAUCGGCAGCGGACCGUACGGCGCCAGCGCUGCACCCGGGGAAGCGCCGGCGCAGCAGAACCCACACUCCCUUCUGCUUCCGUCGGCUAUGUGCGGCUCCGGGGCCCGCCGCUGCCUUCAGGCGGGACUCGAUCGGCAAUCUGGCGUUCCCAGCCCGUUCCACACGCACGGUGUCGGCGACCGGCCGCAGGGCGGACCGUGCCUGGGGCCGUGGGGAGGCAGGGGUGGCGCGCCCGCGGUCGGGGUCUCGCUGGUGGGGCUCCGGUCGCUGAUGCCGCCUCACGCGUCUCUCGCGCCGGGCGCGUUGCCGGCGGCGGAGGGUCAGACGGGGAAGGCCCUGGCAUCUGCAGGAGGCCUUCUUGUGCAUGGCGACGACGGCGAGAGGCGCGGGACUCUUUUAAGAGCGGGCAUGCCUUCGCGCCACGCAGGGCUUACUGCCAGGGACGUGCUGCAAGCCUUUUCGGCAGACGGAGACUUUCCGGUGCUCCUCCGCAAGGCAGAGGACACGCAAGGCACGUUGGUAAACGGCUCCGCGCCAAGUGCUUCACGCAGCGCAACCGCCUUGUCUCCGGCUCCGCCGCCAAGCGGAGGAGGGAGGGUGCGAGGAGGCCUGACGUGCGGUCCGCGAGGCGGAGGGAUACCGGCGCACCCCCAAUGUGAGGCGGGCGCGUCAGGCACAGGCCCUGGAGACCGAAGACCGGGCGGAAACAGCUCCGCGGCUGUCGAGUCCGCGAUGGAGCGAGAAGGACAUUCUGCACGGUCUGAGCCGCUUCUGGCCUGGAGCGACGACGACGACGGACCCUCCUCUCGCGCCCGGACGCCCGCGAGCGGUGGAGCCGCUGAGAGAGACCCGAGGCCCUCGGCGCAGCCGCACUCGCCGAGACACGUCGGAGAAGGUGCGGGGGGUCGGGGCGACGAGGCAAGUCUCGCAGCCGCCGCAGGUGCGCAAGUGUUCAUGCCGAGCCGCAUGAACGGAACUGGGACAGGCGAAGGUGACGCGCAGGCGUCGUCGUCGUCGCUGCGCCCGCCUGUGUCUCCGUCCUCUUGGCUGGACUCCACCUGCGGCCUCCAGAGGCCGCUGCUUGCGCGACGCCUGGAGGAGGGGGGCCGACUGGAGGCGAGGGCAGCGAGGACGCGGAGCCGUUCGGUGCCGGGGGGGCUGACGACUAGGCGUGCGACGAGGCGACCGCGCAUCACUUGCGCGAGCCGUGCUUCACCGCCGAUCAGGAGAGAGCCAGACGCGAGUGAGGAAGGGGCGACGCGCUGGUGUCUCAGGCGACUUGCCCCUCCUGGGACGCGACUCCAAGCAGCGAAAGAGAGAUGA